GAGAUGUCGUCCGUUCACUCUGUCGACCGUGUUGCCCCCCCUCCGGCAUGCGACACCACGUGUCCGCCGCCAAUCCCGUUCGCCCUCGCGCCCCAUUCGUCCGCGCGCGCUCCCCAAGGUAAGAUCACCGCCCCCUUCUCCGACACGCCCUCCCCAUCGCCACUCUCCCCCCACCGCUCUCCGCUCCAGAGCCGCUAGCCUAGGAGGCGACCCAUGACCGUGUCCACGAGCCCCUAUAACUAGCCCCGAUCUCGAAUGGGAUCCUUCCUGCUACCCGUCCCACCCCACAUUUGGAUGGAUUCGGUCUCUACAAAUCGCUCCCCGCUGCGCUCCGCCGCCACCGCCGCUCGUCGAAGCAGCCCGUCCAGCUGCUCCGCGCUUCCGAACCGUGUGGGAGCGAGCAGGUUCGGGGUCGCGCCUGGGUGCGGAGGACGGCUAUUUGGAAAGGCGCAGCGAUUUGGGUCCGUUCGGAUUACCACGGCGAGAGCACAGAGCGGGAAUGCUGGGAAAAGUAUGACCGAGCAAAGGGAAUGCACAAUGUCAGAAACCCUGAAAUAUUCUUCUGGUAAAGCAUCCCCACUAGGAGUGUCGCAAGUUGAAGGUGGUCUGAACUUCGCAAUUUUCUCUCAGCACGCUUCUUCCGUCACCCUCUGCAUCAAGGUUCCUGAGAGAGGCACCAAGGAUGAAGAAAAUGCAGAAGUUGUGGAGUUUGCUUUAGACUGCCAGAACAACAAAACUGGAGAUAUAUGGCAUGUGUCAGUGGAGGGGUUGCCUACUUCUGGAGUUCUCUAUGGAUAUCGUGUUGAUGGUCCUCAAGGAUGGCAACAUGGCCAUAGAUUUGAUAGCAACAUUAUUCUUCUUGAUCCUUAUGCGAAAUUAGUCUCUGGUCGAAAUUACUUUGGGGUUGACAAAGAGAAGCCAAGUCAGCCUUUUGGAACAUAUGAUUUUGAUAGCCCUCCUUUUGACUGGGGUGUUGAUUACCGGCUUCCAAAUUUGCCUGAGACAGAUCUAGUUAUAUAUGAAAUGAAUGUUCGCGCAUUCACUGCGGAUGAAUCAAGUGGGGUUGAUCCAGCUGUCCGUGGAAGCUAUCUUGGCUUUAUCGACAAAAUCCCACAUUUGCUGGAACUUGGAGUUAAUGCAGUGGAAUUACUUCCUGUUUUUGAGUUUGAUGAACUGGAAUUCAAGAGGUACCCAAACCCAAGGGACCACAUGGUCAAUACAUGGGGUUAUUCUACAAUAAACUUCUUUGCUCCCAUGAGCCGCUAUGCAAGUGCUGGUGGUGGACCACUGGCUGCUUCCAGAGAGCUCAAGCAGAUGGUCAAAGCACUGCAUAAUGCUGGGAUAGAGGUUAUUCUGGACGUUGUUUACAAUCAUACAAAUGAAGCGGAUGAUGCUAACCCUUAUGUUACUUCUUUUCGUGGCAUCGAUAACAAGGUUUAUUACAUUUUAGAUCCAAAGAACAACGCUCAACUGCUGAACUUCUCUGGCUGUGGGAAUACACUAAACUGCAACCAUCCGGUUGUCAUGGAACUCGUACUCGACAGCUUGAGACAUUGGGUGAAGGAGUAUCACAUAGAUGGAUUUCGGUUUGACCUUGCAAGUGUUCUUUGUCGUGGAACAGAUGGCAGUCCUCUUGAUGCUCCUCCGCUCAUUAAGGAAAUUGCCAAAGAUUCUGUAUUAUCUCGAUGUAAGAUUAUUGCCGAACCUUGGGAUUGUGGUGGCCUUUAUUUAGUAGGGCAGUUCCCUAACUGGGACAGGUGGGCUGAAUGGAAUGGAAAGUACAGAGACGAUAUUCGAAGAUUCAUCAAGGGUGAUCCUGGUAUGAAGGGGGUGUUGGCAACUCGUGUCUCUGGAUCAGCCGAUCUCUACCAGGUGAACAAGCGGAAGCCUUAUCAUGGUGUGAAUUUCAUAAUCGCACAUGAUGGGUUUACCUUAUGCGACCUUGUUUCAUACAACUUAAAGCACAAUGAUGCAAAUGGAGAAAGUGGGCGUGAUGGAUGCAAUGACAAUUUUAGCUGGAACUGUGGUGUUGAAGGAGAAACAAAUGAUUCAAAUGUGUUAGCUCUGCGUUCAAGACAAAUGAAGAACUUCCAUCUGGCAUUAAUGAUUUCUCAAGGCACCCCAAUGAUGUUGAUGGGAGAUGAAUAUGGUCAUACACGUUAUGGAAAUAAUAAUAGCUAUGGACAUGAUACCUGCAUAAAUAAUUUCCAGUGGGGACAGUUGGAAGAAAGAAGAUAUGGCCAUUUCAGAUUUUUCUCAGAGAUGAUUAAGUUUCGCCAGAAUCACCCAAUACUGAAACGAGACAGGUUUCUUAACAAAAAUGAUGUCACCUGGCAUGAGGAUUGUUGGGAGAACAUGGAAAGCAAAUUCUUGGCAUUUACGAUACAUGACCACAGUUCGGGUGGAGAUAUCUAUUUGGCAUUCAACGCCCAUGACUAUUUUGUGGAUGCUGUAAUUCCCCCAGCACCUCAGCAUAAACGUUGGAACCGUGUGGUGGAUACCAACCUGGAAUCACCAAAUGAUAUUGUACCGGAAGGGGUGCCAUUUACUGGAUCAGGUUACAGAAUAGCUCCAUACUCUUCCAUCCUGCUCAAGGCAAACCCAUAGAUUGGUGGAGACAAGUCCGUCUGAAGAAAGCACAAGAAUAAUGUCACUUCCGGCUAUUUUUGGGAGUCAGGCGCAUCUCUGUGAAAAUCGACCAGCAGGAGCCACAGUUGCAACUGGUAUAGGACUUCGUCUAAUAAAUAACACGUCCAGCACACUUUGUUUCCACGCAUAAGAAACAAGAAAAGCCUGGGACUGAAGUUGCAAGUCCUUCAGUUGGGUACAAGGAGGCUCGAGGGAAUCUAGUCUAAGUACUCUUUGUAGCAGUCUGUUCUUUCAUUUUUCAUGUGUCCUAAGAAUGGCUAUCAAGCUCUUGUUCUGAUAAUAAUUUGGCAUGAGAUCCACAACUUGUGUUUUUACGAGACCAAAAACAUUCCUAGAAUGAACAUAUAUGAUAAGCGUAUGGAGGUGAAAGAUUUUGUUUCAUCUUUUUAAGCA